GUUUCUAGGAAGUUUCCCAUUUUGCAUUUUCAACAUUUAAGAAAUAUCGAUUCAACUUCAGGGUUACAAUUAUUGAAAUCGAUUUCAAAGACUUGCAUUAUUCUAUGGUGUAUGCAUAUCUAUAAUAUAGGUCGUGGAACAGGCAUGGUUAGAAGUUACCAUGAAGGUGUUGUUGCCUUCAGAGAUAACCAAAAUAUCAAUAAAGGGCAACUCUUGGAACCUGAGCUCAUGCAAGCAAUCAAACGAUCACGUCUUUUCAUUGUUGUCUUCUCAAAGAAUUAUGCAUCAUCCUCAUGGUGCUUGAAAGAGUUGACAAUGAUUUUUGAUUGGGUUAAAGAAACAGGUCAAAGUGUUCUUCCUAUUUUCUAUGAUGUCACUCCUUCAAAGAUGAUUUGGAAAUGGUAAAAAAAUGGAGGGAAGCUAUGAAGGCAAUUGCCAACCGUUCUGGGUGGGAUGUACUGAAUAAGCUACAACAUGAAGAAAUAGAAAAAUUUGUUGAAGAGGUAAUCAACUUAUUGGGUCAUAAUCAAAUUUUGAAUUUUGGAGAUGAUUUAGUUGAUAUGCACUCUCGCGUAAAACAACUAGAGGAACUUGUAGAUCCAGAUGCAAAUGAAGUUGUUCGAGUAAUAGGAAUGAGUGGGAUGGGUGGCAUAGGAAAGACAGUACUCGCUACUGCUUUAUUUGAUAAAAUCUCUCAUAAAUAUGAUGCUUGUUGUCUCAUUGAUGAUGUAAGCAAAUUUUAUGGAGAGUUUGGACCCAUGGUUGCACAAAAACAACUUCUUUGUCAAGCUCUAAAUCAAGGUAAUGUUGAGAUAAACAAUCUUUACCAAGGAACCUUGUUGGUAAGAACUAGGUUAUGCCACUUAAAGGAGCUUAUUGUUCUAGAUAAUAUUGAUCAAGAUGAACAAUUGGAAAAAUUGGCUUUGCAUCCUCAAUAUCUAGGUGUAGGGAGUAGAAUCCUCAUAAUCUCUAGAGAUAAUCAUAUCUUAAGAAAUUAUGGAGUGAAUGAAGUUUACAAUGUUCAAUUGUUGAAUGCAAAUAAAGCUCUUCAAUUAUUUUGUAGAAAAGCUUUCAAAUCUGAUAAUAUUUUGAAUGAUUAUAAAGAGUUGACCUAUGAUGUACUAAAAUAUGUCGAUGGCCUUCCUUUAGCAGUUAAAGUGUUAGGCUCAUUUUUGUUUGAUCGAGAUGUUUAUGAGUGGAGAAGUGCAUUGGCUAGACUUAAAAAAUAUCCAAACAAAGAUAUUAUGGAGGUGUUACGAAUAAGUUUUGAUGGAUUGAAGGAAAUGGAAAAGGAAAUAUUUUUAGAUAUUGCUUGUUUCUUUUGUGAUACAUUCCAUCAACAAGGUAAGGGAAGAGUAAAAAAACUUCUAAACUAUCGUGGAUUUUUUCCCAAUAUUGGCAUGAAAGUUCUCAUUGAGAAUGUCUCUCAAUUUCUCUACAACCUUUAA